AUGGUGCUCGAGGCCACGAUGAUCGUGGUGGACAACAGCGAGGCGAGCAGGAAUGGCGAUUAUCUACCCAAUCGAUUCUCAGCGCAGUCUGAAGUCGUGUCACUUAUCUUCAACGCAAAGACAUCGUCCAACCCAGAAUCAGCUGUCGGACUCAUGACCAUGGCAGGAACGGGGCCUACCGUGCUUACGACGCCGACGACCAACUUCGGCGCCCUGCUCUCCGGCCUACACGACACCAAAAUCAAGGGACAUAUCAGAUUAGGGACGGCGAUCAGCGUGGCGAUGCUGGCGCUCAAACACCGAGCCAACAAGAGCCAACGGCAGCGAAUCGUGGUUCUGAUCUGCAGCGAGCUGGACCAGAAGUUCGGAGACAAGAACGACGGCGAGAAGGAACUGAUCAAGCUGGCCAAGAAGUGCAAGAAGAACAACGUCUCGGUCGACUUUGUGGCGUUUGGGGAUGCCCUCGAGUCCAACACCAAGUCGAUUCUGGAGAAGUUCAUCGACGCUGUGGGCGGAUCAUCUGGAGAAGGGAAUCACGUUGCAUUCAUCCCUCCGGGCCCGGGGCUACUAAGCGACAGUCUCAUCACCACUCCUAUAGUAAGUGUGGGCGGUGAGGCAGGACCAGGCGGCAGUGGUAUGGAGGGCGUGGAGACUGGCGCUGGCGGCGGCGGCGCCGGUGGCAGUGGUGCGUUUGAAUUCGGCGUCGAUCCCUCGGCAGACCCGGAGCUGGCCAUGGCUUUGCGCAUGAGUAUGGAGGAGGAGCAGAACCGGUUGGAGAGGGAGCGAAGAGCACGUGAAGAACAGGAGAGGCAAAAUGCAGACAGGAUGGAAACCAUCACCGAGGAGGGACAAGGUCAGCCGUCGACCACCAACGGAGAAGGUCAAGAUGACAACGAUUCAAACGCAAAGCAACCACGGGUGGAGGAGGAUAAACAAGAUUAG